UACCAAGCGGAAGUGCCAAAAAGCCUUACCGGAUAUUGUUGGAGUGAGGCUUCUUACUGUCAAACUAUCUUCUGCAAGCUGUAAACAAGAACGCAAGUUAGUUGGGAACGUCGUUUUAAUCAGGCUGCUGUAUCUGUUUAUUGAGAGUAACACGUCUCAUUGUACAAGGGAAAUGGAAGACGAUACCCUAACGACGCUGAAAAUAUUAAUAAUAGGAGAAAGUGGUGUUGGGAAGUCCAGCCUGCUCUUGAGAUUCACAGAUGACACAUUUGACCCAGAGCAGGCAGCAACAAUAGGUGUGGACUUCAAAGUGAAGACCAUUACUGUGGACGGUAACAAGGCAAAGCUGGCAAUAUGGGACACUGCAGGACAGGAGCGCUUCCGAACCCUGACGCCUAGCUACUACCGCGGCGCCCAGGGAGUCAUCCUGGUGUAUGAUGUCACACGACGGGAAACCUUUGCCAAGCUUGACAACUGGCUCAACGAGCUGGAGACGUACUGUACACGGAACGACCUCGUGAAAAUGCUCGUGGGAAAUAAAAUCGAUAAGGAAAACCACGAGCUAGACAGGACCGAAGGGCUGAAGUUUGCACGAAAACAUUCCAUGCUUUUUAUAGAGGCGAGUGCGAAGACCAGAGACGGUGUUCAGUGUGCAUUUGAGGAGCUGGUGGAGAAGAUAAUCCAGACGCCUGGCUUAUGGCAGAGUGAGAGCCACGGCCGAGGAGUCCAGCUCAGCGACGAGGACGCCGGCGGUGGAGGCUGCGGGGGCUACUGCUCCCUGGUCUAGACAA